AUGUAAAAUAAAGAACCCUAAAGCAAACUAUAUGUUAUAUAUCAUGACCCGUGUUUAGAUGGAAUUUACUCUUUAACAGGACUUGUAUUACCUAUUCUUGUUAAAAUAAGAAAAGAUAACUGGACCAUUUAAUAAUAUCUAGAAUUACUUAAAUCAGAACUCUCUAAAAUAUCAAAAGAAAUCUAAAAACCUUAAGAAUAUAAACAAGAAAUCAUUUAUCAAGAUGAACCAAUAGAAAAUCAAAAUAUGGGCUUUUUUUAUCCAACUAUUUAAGAUCUAUGUUAUAUGCCUAUUAGAUUAAGUGAAGAUUCUAAUGAAGUAUAGAAAAUAAUAAAAUUUUUAAAUGAUGAUUCUAAAUCAUCAAUUUUGAUAAUUGUUGACUAUUUUGGAAGAACAUGGGAUAAUUUGUUAUUGUUAACAAAAAGAUUUUAAUAUGUAAUUGUAAUUGAUCAUCAUUAAACAUGUGUUAAUGCAAUACCAGAUUUUAAAAUAGAAAAAUAUUAAGUGUUAAAUAAAGUAUCAGGAAUUGACAAUCUAUUUAUGUUAGUAAGUAUAGAUAAAGCAGCAUGUCUAUUAGUACAAGACUUUCAUGAAUAAAUAUUUUAAACUAAAUAUACAUCAUUACUACCUCCUAAUAUUGGUACCAAAUUUACAUUAUUUACAAAAUAUAUUUCAGAUAAUGAUUUAUUUGUGUUAUAAUAUCCUGAAACUGAACCUCUUUAGAUGGCGAUUAUGAGAAGAAGAUUGUAAUUUGAUGUUAGAUAAAAUCCAGCAAUCUUUUAUAAAUUAUUAGAAUUCGAUUUUGAUUUCUUAGUUAAGGAAGGAAAACAAUUAGCAGUCUAAAGAAAUAAAAAAGUGGAAAAUUUAGUUAAGAAUCGUAAAACAGUAGUAUUUGGUAAAGAUGCAGUAGGUUAUGCGCUCUAUUGUGAUGAUUUAAGCAUAAUGAAUCCUUUAGGCAAUGCAUUGGGUAUUUUAGCAAUGAGAUCAGGUGAUCAAAAUUUAGGUGCUGUUUAUCAUGAUGAUAAAAGUAAUUCUACUUAAUAUAAAAUUCAUUUGAGAUCAGCUCAUCAUGAUGAAAAUGGAGUUCUAUUAAAUAGAUUUAGAUGUGAUGUUCUUGCAGAAUCUUUUGGAGGAGGAGGUCAUGUUGGUGCAGCAUCUCUUUAUAUGAAGAAAAAAGAAUGGAAAAAAUUAAUGUUUGAAUGA